CAGCAUUGAAAAGUUAGUUUACAGUCACGCCAUCAGUGAAUGAGCUGCUGUACCGAAAGUCUUAGAAGUUAACGUUGAAAUAUUUUUCUGUCUUUGAAAAAAAAAUAAUCAUGAAGACUUUGUUAGUUUUAUUUGUCGCCGCAGUAGCUGCUGCCAGUGCCUCAACAGACGAUGAGAAUUACGGCUAUGUUCCCAUGGUUCGUCAGAAUUACGAGAUGAAGGUCAACAACCAUCUUAGAAGACAAGUGACCCUUGAACUUAUGGCUUCAUACCUCUACCAAUCAUAUGCCUCAUUUUUCGAUCGAGCUGAUAUUGCUCUCCCAGGUGUAAAGAAAUUCUUCUCCGAAUCAUCGAAAGAAGAAAGAGAUCAUGCCGAACAUCUCAUCGAAUACAUCAACAAACGAGGUGGUAACAUGCAGUUCGAAGAUGUUAAACUUAUCGAUGCCUGCAACACAUUGAGCAAAGAAAUGAAAAAAGAGAACUUACAAUCAGGCAGACAAGAAACAUGUAUCUGUUUCUUCAUGUCCCAAAAGAGAGAAGAGAACACCAAACGUGGUGAUGCUACCUGCUCAUCCCCAGUUGAAGAUUGGCGUCAUGCCCUCAUCGCUUUAGAAGAUACUUUGGUCAUUGAGAAACACGUGAAUGCCGAGCUUUUGAACAUCCACAAACUCGCCUCCAACAACAACGACCCCCAUCUUACCAACUUCUUGGAAGAUGUCUAUCUUACUGAACAAGUUGAAGCCAUCAAGAAACUCGCUGGAUACAUCACCCAACUGAGAAAAUUCACCAACGAUUACAAACUCGGCGAAUACCUCUUCGAUCACCGCAUGUAGAGAGCGCCAUAUCUAUAUUAUAUAUUUCUUAUUUCAUCAGAAAUUCCUUCCAAAUAUUAUUACCUCAAACUGAUGAGGUGUUUAAAACCCCGAGGUGUUUUUGAUAAGUAAUAAGUAUGUAAUUAAUGUUUGUAUAUUUGUUAUUUGAAAGUUUUGAAAGUAUUUUUAUAAGAUUAAAUGUCAAGAAGUAGAUAGUAUUGUGAUAAAAAUUGUGCGACUUAAAAUAAAAAUGUACAAAAUUUAAA